AUGUCUCGUUCAUUUGCUGACCCAACAAAGGCAGAGGAGAGUUUCCAGAUUCUUGAUCAGUUACAAGAACCUAAUAUCUGGAAAAUUUUGACGGAUCUUGUUGAUCCAAAUACUAGUUUCCAUCAAACUCGUUUAUACAGGGAUGAUUUCCUUAAAAUACUUGGUGAAAAUCAUCAGCUCUACGAAUUUCUGAAUACCUUCUAUAUAAAGUGUUCCUAUUUACUUUUCAACAAGGAGCAUGUGAAAGCUAUUCUUUCAGAAAUCAUCACACAUAAAUCCGCAGAGAAUGAUCAGCAUAUACAAUAUUGUAUGAGUAUGUUAGUGUUCAUUGCAGAGGGGGUGGGGAUAAUUGCUCGUUUCUGUCCAUAUCUUUUUAAUGGCACUGAGGUGGAGCUGGUAAAUUUACUUAAGGAUAAUAAUGAUAUGAUUAAAGAAGGUGUUCUGAAUGUUUUGGCUAAGGCUGGUGGUACUAUUCGUGAACAGCUCGCAGUUACAUCAAGUUCUGUAGACCUUACGUUGGAGCGACUAUGUUUAGAAGGAAGUCGAAGACAGGCCAAGUAUGCUGUGCACGCUCUGGCUGCAAUUACAAAGGAUGAUGGCCUCAAGUCUCUUUCUGUUCUGUACAAGAGACUUGUUGAUAUGCUGGAAGAGAAAACACAUCUCCCUGCAGUAUUGCAGUCUCUGGGGUGUAUAGCACAGACUGCAAUGCCUGUAUUCGAAACUAGAGAGAGUGAAAUUGAAGAAUUUAUAAUAAACAAGAUUCUGAAAAAUGAUAGUAAAGAAGAUCACUCUAGAAUAUCUUGGGAUGAUAAAAGUGAUCUUUGUGUUUUGAAGAUCUAUGGCAUCAAAACCAUAGUGAAAAGCUACUUGCCAGUAAAAGAUGCUCAUAUUCGUCCUGGUAUAGAUGGUCUUCUGGAUAUCCUGAGAAACAUGCUGUCUUAUGGUGAAAUAUCAAAGGAACUACAGUCAAGCUUAGUUGAUAAGGCCCAUUUGCGGCUUGCUUCUGCAAAGGCAGUUCUUCGUUUGUCUAGGCUCUGGGAGCAUAAGAUACCUGUUGAUAUUUUCCACUUAACUCUAAGAGCAACAGAGAUUGGCUUCCCUCAAGCUAAGAAGGUUUUCUUAAGCAAAGUUCAUCAAUAUAUAAAGGACAACCUUUUAGAUGCCAAAUAUGCAUGUGCCUUUAUUUUAAACAUAUUUGGAUCCAAGGAUUGCAAGCCAGAGGAGUUUGCAGAGGACAAGCAGAACCUGGACGACAUUAUUCACAUGCAUCACCAAGCAAGGGCUUGGCAGCUUUCUGGACAAUCAGAUACAAAUUCCUUGACCACUUACCCUGAAUACAUCCUUGCAUACCUAGUUCAUGCCCUUGCUAACACAUCCUGCCCCAAUAUUGAUGAGUGCAAGACUGUUGAAGCAUAUGAUAAUCUAUACAGGCAGCUACACUUGAUACUAUCAAUGCUGUUGCAAAGAGAUGAUGAUGUCAGGUCAGAAGUAGCUAUUAACAAUCUGAAGGAAAUUAUAUCUACAAUCACUUCUAUCUUUUGGAGUAUUAAGCAAUCUGAAGAUGUGGUCGAUGCAUCAAAAUCCAAGAAUUCGCAUGCCAUAUGUGACCUUGGGUUAGCAAUUACUAAUCGACUACAACCGAAGGAUGUUGAUUUAGAAGGAUUGUCUCCUUCAGUUUCUCUACCUCCAAUGCUAUACAAAGCAUGUGAGAAGGAAAGUGGCCCCAUGGUAUUCUUCUUUCUUGUCAAAUUGGAUAGUUUCCUUCUGGUAAGCAAAGAGAAAUCCUGGUUGGCUGAUGAAAGUGUCUUGGCUCACUUUGAAUCACUUGAAUUAGAAAUGGUUCCAUUUCAAUUAGCUGAGGAUGACGCUUUAAAGGACAGUGAAAAAGGUAGAAAGGAAAUCUCCCUUGGAAAAAUAAUAAAGGGCAUAAAAUCUCAGGGAACGAAGGGCAAAAAAGCAAAGAAGAAAAAGGCCUUGCCAGCUGAAACAAAAAAGGCUGAAAAUGACAUUGAUAUCCUAAAUGUGGUCAGACAAAUUAAUUUAGAUAACUUGGGAUUAUCCACUAAUUUUGAAUCAAGUAACGGUCAUGAAAAUUCAUUGAGUAAGAAGUUGCAGAAGGAUCCAGAGAGGACAACAAUUAAAAAGCGAAAAGGAGAAGAUGUAACCCUGGUUCCAGUUCCUAAACGCAAACGGUCUUCCUUUGCCCAUGGAAAAUCAAGGUUAAGUAGUACUCCACCAAAGGCUCCUCCUAGAGUUUUAGGGGAAGACUCCUCUGGAGUGAAGUUGCUGUCGAGUGCAGAAUUUAACCCUAAUACAGAUAACAAAACAAUUCCAAGAAAAAAGGUUAAAGGCAAUGAGCCCUCGAUACAAGCAAAAGUUAAGGCAUCCAAGAGCUAUAAUGAAAUCUCUGACAAAUCUGAAGAGCGCCACAUGAAGAGUCUGGAUAAUUCAAAGCCAACUGACAAGUCUAAAAGUGACAAAUUCAAGUCAUCCACAGGAUCUGCUAAAAAGCUGAAAAGAAAAAGUAUUGGAGGAUUGGCUAAGUGUACAACAAAGGAAGGUGAAAGUGAUGCUGAAGAUCUAAUUGGCGGCAGAAUUAGAGUUUGGUGGCCUUUGGAUAAGAAAUUUUAUGAAGGCACUGUUAAGUCUUAUGAUUCUUCGAAGAGGAAACAUGUGAUAUUGUAUGAUGAUGGCGAUGUCGAAGUGCUCUGUUUGGAAAAGGAGCGAUGGGAGGUUGUUGACAAGGGUGGCAAAGCGACAAAGGUCUUCAAUUUUUCAUUUUUCUUCUUUCUUUCUCUCGCACACUUCUCCUGUUCUUCUGUUCCCCCUAAAAGAUAUCAAAUAUCUUUGAAGUCUACUGAGAAGAAGCAGAGAAGUUCUAGUGGUAAAAAGACAAAACAAAUAGCUAACGGUAAGAAAUCUCCUAGCAAGCAUGCAAAACAUGGACAAAGAGGCUCCUUAAAAAUGAAUUUGCAUCAGGAGAAUGCCAAAGAGAGUUCUGAGUUAUCAAACCCUGAAGAUACUCUUAUAUCUAAAGCUGAGAUUAACUCAGGUGAUUCGCUGCCACCUUUCCAACAGACAACCCGCCGCCUGAAUCACCUUGACGGUGGUUCUGAAGCGAAGCAGGCCGAAGGGUCGGAUGUAAUAAUAAAUAAAAAGAAGAAAAUUAGCAAGAAAGCAAAAUCAGUUUUACGUGGAAAGAAACUCAAGAAAGAGAAGAACUUAAGUUAUAAGAAAGAAUCAGAUGUAAAGAAGCAGGAUUAUGGUGCGAGGCUUUCUAAAGAGAGUGUCCCACAAGGAGAUCAAGAUAAUGAUGCAGAAGGUAGUUCAAAAGAGAUAGAUGUCAAUGAAUCAAGAGGGGCUUUGAGAGAAAAUGAUAAUGGAGAAGAAUCAGGUUCUGAAGGGAAACAAAAUGACAGCGAUGGGGGAAGUAGUCCCGGAGAAGUGAAAAAAUCAACUAGAGAGUCGGCAAGUCCUGAUGGUGCCAAAAUUGCUGAAGUUUCUGAUGACGAGCCGCUGAGCAAAUGGAGGCGUCCUUCGGGAAAGAAAAGCUUAGGGCAAAAGCGGUGA